GGUAGAUUUUCUCAAUUCGGCUCCGGAAAGUCUCCUGGUUUAUAGGCUCCUGUGUUUGACCUGUACCUUUGAGAAUAAACUGAAUAUUCUUACAAAGUGCUGUGUGCAAUUGGCUGUGUCUCUCGGAGUUCCUUCUUCACCAUCAAUUUCUUCAACAUUCUCCUGUCGACGAGAAGAAACGAAAUCCACAUUCAGGUAGAAGACGGCUUGUGUGUCAACACCAUCCUCUUUUAUCUCCCAUUCGCUCCAGGACUUUCCACCAACACCAGCACCCAAAAUGAGCAUGCAACUUGAAUUGAAGAAUGUGCACAUCCGAGCUGGAGAUCAGCUGAAAGUAAGGGGGGUAAUUCUGCAUGAUGCUGAGAGAUUCGAGAUUGAUCUCGGCCGUAGUGCAGACGACCUGGCACUGCAUUUUAACCCUCGUUUCCGUGACGACACUGACGGAGCCGUUAUCGUUUGCAACUCCAAGGCUGCUGGUUGUUGGGGCGAUGAGAAACGGGAAAUAAACAACCCCCUACAGAGGGGCGCUGAUGUCAAGAUGGUGUUGAAGCUGACCGGAGACAUGUUUGAAGUGGAGCUCCCUGAUGGACAUGAAGUCCAGUUUCCCAACCGCGAUGGCAUGGACAUCAUCAGCUACAUCAAAAUUGCAGGGGACUUCAAACUCACUUCCUUCAAGAUCUGCUAAGAGACACAUGUUGUUACACAUGCAUGGGAUGUUUGGUUGAAGACCUUGAGACUCGCUCAGUUAUUGUAAGAAAUAUUCAUCACUUUGGUAUGUAGAGCUUAAGUGAAUUUGAAUUUAGCUCUAUCUAAAAAUGUCCUGUUGUGCACAAGAACAUUAAACGUUUAAAUGCAAAUGAU